AUGAACGUACACAGAUAACUCAGAGAGGGGCAGAAGAGUGAGAGAGGAGCAAUUAUUUGCGAUCUUUCUGAACAACACGGAUGAAAAAUUAGCUUUUGCCACGGCACUAACUCAUAAGUAAAUGACACAAGACAGGAUAACGAUAAAUCUUAGGUGCAUUAAACGAGUUUACAGUUGUCUUUGUAGCGGUUUACGAGAUUCAGCCAUAUAAUGCUGCCUUGGAAGAAGAACAAAUUCGACCUGAUUGAGGAAGAUAAGCAGUCGAAGCAAAAGGGCUAUGCCGUGAGUCUGAACUAUUCUGCUCUUACGUCCUUCGCCAAAUCCUGCCCGGAGAGUGCACUGAACAGAGUUGGGAGCAUGUUCAAAUCAAAGAGGAAAAAAGUUAAAAUUACUAGCGAGGACCCCACUUACACUGUGCUUUAUUUGGGGAACGCCACCACCAUACAGUCGAAAGGAGAUGGGUGCACAGAUGUGGCAGUCGGCAAGAUCUGGACCAAAAGCGAGAUGGGCAAAAACGGUACCAAGAUGAAGCUCACCAUCAGCUCGCAAGGCAUCCGAAUGGUGCAUGUGGACGACAAGGCAAGGAGACCGGGACACUUGUAUUUGCUGCACCGGAUAACCUACUGUGUGGCCGACCCUAGGCUACCCAAGAUUUUCGCUUGGAUCUAUAGGCACGAAAUGAAACACAAAGCGGUGAUGCUCAGGUGCCACGCAGUGCUGGUCUCCAAGCCCGAAAAGGCGAAAGCGAUGGCGCUUUUGCUGUACCAGACCUCGGCGACAGCGCUGGCCGAGUUCAAAAGGCUGAAGCGACGGGACGAUGCGCGACACCAGCAGCAGCAGCUCAUAGGCGAGCAAACGAUUCCUUUGGUGCCUCUGAGAAAGCUCUUGAACGGACAGUGUUAUUACAAGCCCCCGGUGGAGCGCAGUCGGAGCGCACCGAAGCUGGGGUCCAUCACGGAGGACCUGUUGGGGGAGGAAGAAGAGGAGAAAGCCAUGCACUUCGAGUGCGAGGACAUUCUCGACACGGACGACGAUUGCUUGGGCAGCGGCAAACAAGAACUUUCCCAAAUUAUCAACGACCUUGGGGAAAUGUGCAUCGGAAACGAUGUUCAGACCCUGAAAGCCGACCUGCGGGUGACUAGGUUGCUCUCCGGCGAAAGCACGGGGAGCGAGUCUUCGAUAGAAAGUAACCAAGAACCCAACUCUAUUUCCAACGGCUUCGAGGAAGUCAAAGCGCAGGAGAUUGGGUGACUGACUCUUAUUCCUUUUCCUAACUAACAGAAGUGUCUCCACUACAGACCAUUAUAUUUUAUUUUGCUUCUGUGCUGUCCUUCAAACAGGGGUAUACCUGUAGCAUUGUGCCUCUUCAUCCAGUCGACUUGAAAGGAUAGUUGAAAGAAAAAACGAAAGGUAUGUGUAAUGAUUUGCACGAAACACUACAGCAAUGCGUGAGACCGAUUAAAAGAAAUCGGUAUGGUAUGGGCUCGUAAGAGACUUUAGAAGCUUAAACCUUACAGAUGACACGAAGCGCGGACCCAUGUUGUUCUGGGUAAUUUUGUAAACAUUACUCCGGUCUCUGUUCGCUGCAAGAUGGAUUGUAUUUGAUCUGUAUCUGUUUACCUAGACCUGUUUCCCUUGAACAAAUGCCAAAUUCCUUAAAUAACUGUCUUGAAAAAAAAACUCGCAGUUACUAAAUAUAAUUCUUUACUGAUCCUUUAAUGGGGAAGUUAACUACUACGUUCACCAUUCAGGACAUUCCGUUUGUAUUUUUUUUUUUGUUGCACUGUUGGUGGAAUUCUUGAGUGUUAGUAUAUGUACAUUGUGUUGUCCUCCUCAUAAAUGGUCUUAUAAACAUGUUAUAUCUUUGCUGUGCAAAAGGAAAAAUACCCUAAAGUAUUAAGUUGUACAUAGUAAAUUCAUAGUGUAUAAAAUAUUUGUUAUUUUUUAAAGAGGAAAACGUGUUAUGUUUUCUGUUAACCUCACCAAAAUAAAAAUAAAGCUUACAGAUGUGGCACACACCUUGUGAAAAUGCACAAAA